GUCUGAGUUCGUGGGUGUCAGCGACAAAUGAACGGGGUGCAUGAGAGAGUGAAAUUGAAUGUGUCUGCAAAGUCAGAGAAUUGGGCGGCGAAGCUACUUGAAGACCUAGAAUAAGCCUCAGACGUCGUUUAUGAUGUUAGAUGGAAACACUUGCACUGGGGAAACUCCAUCUAAACAUCACUUCAAAUUCUGACUGAGAUACUCAAUUCAUCAGGACCUGAAUGUCAUCAGAGUUUGAUCAUGGAAGCAAAUGUUAGCAUUCACACAGAGAAAUUGUGGAAAUGUGGGGAUUGUGGGAAGGGGUUCAAUUACCCAUCCCAGCUGGAAAUUCAUCGACGCAGUCACACUGGGGAGAGGCCGUUCAUCUGCCCUGAGUGUUUAAAGGGAUUCACUCGAUCAUCCCACCUUCUGGAACACCAGCGAGUUCACACAGGGGAGAGGCCGUUCACUUGCUCCCAGUGUGGGAAGGGAUACACUCAGUCAUCACACCUCCUGGAACACCAGCGGGUUCACACUGAUGAGAGACCUUUUAAGUGCCCAGAUUGUGGGAAGUGCUAUAAAUGUUCUGGAGAAUUGAUGUCCCAUCAGCGUAUUCACUCUGAUGAGAGACCAUUCAGGUGCUCUCACUGUGGGUCUGGCUUCAGGCGGUCAUCACAGCUCACUGUACACCAGCGAGUUCACACUGGGGAGAGACCGUUCAGCUGCUCAAUGUGUGGGAAAGGAUUCGCUCACUCGUCCGAUCUGUGGAGACACCAGCAAGUUCACUCUGAACAGAGACCUUUUAAAUGCCCAGACUGUGGGAAAUACUACAAAAGUUCUCGAGAACUGAUGUCCCAUCAACGUGUUCACACUGACAAGAGGCCGUUCAGAUGCUCUCGCUGUGGAAAUGCAUUCAGACGAAUGUCUGACCUCACUGUACACCAGCGCUCUCACACAGGAGAGAAGCCAUUUACAUGCUUCAAGUGUGGAAAGGGAUUCACCAGGUCAUUUAACCUGAUGAAACACCGGCGAGCUCACAAGUGACUAAAGUGGUUGGGUCUUGCUGCAGGUCACAUCCUGUGGCACACUCCGGAUAAAAGUCAAAUACAUCAGCUUUGUAUUCAAGACACAAUGUAUCAAGUUUUUACUACUUUCACCAUGUUAAUUAAUUUUGAUGGGAUCUCCCUUUCCCCUACCUUCUCCAUCGCUGUCCCCAACACCACCAGUGAUAAGCUCGUGAAUUGUAUCAGUCUUUGUAUUUGAAUGGCAGUUUUAUAUGUGGUUGACUGUAUACAUAAGAGGGGGAGAAUUGUCUCUGUGUGUGGGUGAAUUUCGGCGUCUGUGAGAGCAUGUGCCUUUCUGUCUGUGUUUGGCUGCGGGUAUGAGAGACAGUGUUGUCAAUAUACAUGUGUGUGGGUGGCUGUAUGUCUCUAACAGUGUGUGUAAGUCUAUGUCUAAGACAGUGUGUGCUUCUCCCUGUGUGUGGGAGGCUACUUGUGCAAGUAAGAGUGACUGUGUCGGUCUGUGUAGGUUGCUGUCUGUGUAUUUGUGUCAGUCUGUGUGGCUAGUUGUGUGUGUGUGUCAGUCUGUCAGUCACUAUGUGAAUGGCUGUCAAUGUGUGUGUGGAUGGCUGUCUGCAUGUUAUAUGUUAUACUGUACCUGUAAUUAUGGCUGCUGCUUCCUGAGGGCUUCUCUCCAUGAACAGACAACAUUGCUUCUCUGAAGAUCCUUGUGAUUUGAAAUGAUAACAUUCUGAGAUUCUUCAUCCAGGGUGAAACCACAGGCUGACCGUGUGCUGUGUGAAACAUGAUCUCAACCAAGCCUCACUUCUCCUGGAACCUGUUCCCCUCAAUUUCUUGUGUACAUCAUCCUCAAUCAGGCCAAUGGUCUCUACCUUAAAUUUAUCCAUCAGUUUUGCUAUUAAACAGCAAUGGGAUUGCUACUUGCACAGGAA